AUGGCUUCGGCUCCCUACAGCGCACAGCACGGCCCCAGCACCUCCUUUUACAACCCCACGCGCUGGACGCCCGACACACACAUUACGUUCCCCGCCCUGCCGCCCACACACCCCUACCACGCCCUCCAGCAGCAAUGGGAGCAACACACAGCGCUCUACGCGACCAUCAACCGCCGCUACCGCGCCCACAGCACGCAGUAUCUCAGCGUGCCCAGCGACCCGCGCAACGACAUCAUCCACUACGGCACCACGGGCUUCAUCCUCGCGGCGCUCUUCAACGCCCCUGAACCUAAUCCCACCUCCCAGCGCUAA